AUGGCCCCUAGAAAGGCCAAAGCCGCGAAAAAGGCCACGGCGGUAAAGCCCAAAGUGGUGAAGCCAAAGGAGGUGAAGGCCAAAGUGGUAAAGGCCAAGGAGGUGAAACCCAAGGUGGUGAAGGCACCAGAGCCCAGCAUACAAGCUGGAGCAGAAACAGAGACGGCUGAGGUGAAAGCCGUAGCACAUCCACGAAAAGGUAUUGUUGUUAUCCCUUCCCUCCUCCCGAUGGGAUGCUUGAUGUUGCUUGUCGGCGACUAUGAAGAUAAGGGAGAGGACAUUGACUACUGGCGCGUACGCCUAGGUUGGUCAGGGGAGGAGAAGCCCCGUAAGGUUUACUACCGCUACGAGGCAGUUGGAGAUCCCACACAAACUGGGGACGACGGGCAGGUCCCUGAACUCCGGUUUGUGUGGCUGUUUGAAACAGGAGAAUGGGCAGACAAGGGGGCGAUAAUGAGAGAAAGGGCGCUGAAGGCGCAGAAGGAGGAAGAAGAACGGCAGGCAGCUAUUGAUGCCGCCGAAGAAGGCGAAAAAUUGGGGCGUGGAGCCCGUCGAGGAAGAGCCGCUCGUGCUGCGCCUGAUGUUACUCCUGGCGCUGGUCGCCAGGAUAGCAAAGGGACGACUGUCGAAGGAUUGGUGGAAGGGGAAGAUAGUGCUAGUCACUCUCCCCCUGAGACUGUCGUGAAGGGGAGGAGAAAGGGUAAGACGCCUGCGGUAGCGAAGCCACGCUCGAAGCGAAAAAGGGGAGGAGACGAUGAUAACGAGCCGGCUGGACCGGCUAAAAAGCGAGCGACUAGGAAAGCCCGGGCAUGA